AUGAAUCUAUGGAACCGAGCAAUGUUUAUUUCGAAAGCGUUUCUUCGUUCGAAGUUACUUCUUGUCGCAUUUUUGAUAGUGAUGAACCUGGGGCUACUUUUUGUACUACAUGUAUAUCGAAAUCCUGGGUACCCAGGCUCUUCUUUGGUGGCUUCUCAUCUGGGAUCACACAAGCAUGGACCUUUUUAUAACCAAACUAGUGAUAAUCCAAGCCGAUAUACGUAUAUGGGGCUUUUGACACUUCCAACUUCUGAUGACGAUGUAUACUUCAAUGCGACCAGAUUGCUAGUCUAUCGGCUAAAUCAUCAUCCUAAAACAAAAAGCCAAUAUCCAGUUCAUAUACUUGUUAUGAAAGGAGUGGAUCAAUGGAAAAUUGAUCGCCUGUGCAAAGAUGGUGCGAAAAUUAUUAUGGUGGAUCGAGUGCGAACAGAAGAUUUAGUAGAUGAAGGUCUAUCAAUUGCUCCAGGAAGUAAUCGAUAUGAGUAUAUGUUUACAAAGCUGAGCGUUUUCGAACAGACUCAGUUCGAUAAAAUUUGCAUUUUAGACAGUGAUUUGCUUAUUCGCAAAAACAUUGACGAUAUAUUUAAAACACCAUAUACAUUUACAUCUCCUGAAGCACCCGAUUUGGAACAGCUUCCUCUGUUUUUGAAGCCCGGUGACGAAGAAGAAUCUCAGUUUGGGGAUGAUUUCAAAUCGUAUGGGGCUGCGAAAGAAGAGUUCUAUCCUUAUUUAGUUGCUGCUUCUGACGAUCGUAACCCUGGCCAUCCUACUCCUCCUGAACCAUCGGAAACCUUCAAUGCAGGUUUGAUGCUUGUUCAUCCCAGCAAGCUUCAUCUUCAUCGUAUAAAGAUGAUAGCUCGGUAUCCUUUCAUGUAUGACAACGCUAGGAUGAUGGAGCAAAGUUUGUUAAAUCUAGCGUAUAAUGCACACGGGUGGUUCCCUUGGACAAGGAUUGACUUCUCUUAUAAUGGGGUUUGGAUUACGGAGGAAGAUCUGCCUUAUAUUCGUGCAGCUCAUGGAAAGUUUUGGGAGCAUGACAAUCAGGAGUUUCCUCCUAUACUGGCUGCGGAAUGGAGUCAAGCAUUUGGUGAAAUGAAUGCCUUUUAUAAUUAUGAGGGCGGUAACUAA